GAGGAGAGAAGGAACAUGGAGGCACUGAGAGAGUCUUUUCUGCAUUUAACUUUUCAGAUGUCAUCGUAUAAGAGAGCCACGCUGGACGAGGAGGACCUGGUUGACUCCACCGGCGACGACAUCUAUCCAUCUUCACCUAUGCAGGUGACUCUUCUGCACAACCGUGGUCCCACAUGUUGGCCCAAGAGGACGCACACAGAGCGACGGCUAAUGUUCCUGCUGUGUGUUAUGUCCAUCGGCUUGUUGAUAUCUCUCAUCACGACUGGGGUCUUCUACAAACAGACUCACCCGGGCCUGUGCCUCACGGAGCCGUGCAUCACUGUGGCCAGCGCGGUGAUGGGAGCUCUGGACCGGUCAGUGGACCCCUGUCAAGACUUCUACAACUUUGCGUGUGGGGGUUGGGUGAAGAAAAACCCCCUCCCUGAGGGAAAGUCUCGCUGGGGACCUUUCAGCAACCUCUGGGAGCACAACAUGCAAGUGAUGAAGCAUUUAUUAGAAAACACAACGAUGAAAGGCCUGAGUCAGGCUGAGGAAAAGGCCCAGCGAUAUUAUCAGGCCUGCAUGAACGAAGCCAAGAUUGAGGAGUUAGGAGCGCAGCCACUACAGGAGCUAAUCAGCCAGUUAGGAGGAUGGGCCCUGACCGGCGCCUGGGACAAGGACAACUUCCAGGAAGUUCUGCGUGCAGGGUCGGCACACUUUCACACCUCGCCUUUCUUCAGCGUGUUCGUCAGCACUGACAGCAAAAACUCCAACAGUAACAUCAUCCAGGUGGAUCAGUCCAGUCUGGGACUACCUUCACGGGAUUACUACCUCAACAAAACAGCCAAUGAGAAGUAUCUGACGGCAUACCUCGACUUCCUGUCGGAGUUAGGCGUUCUCUUGGGAGGCUCAGCGGAGAGGUCUCGGACGCUGAUGGAGGAGAUCGUGGACUUUGAAACCACCCUGGCCAACAUCACAGUCCCCCAGGAGGAGAGGAGAGACGAGGAGCUCAUCUACAACAAGAUGGAGGCCAAAGAUCUGACAACGCUGGUUCCUGCAGUGGACUGGAUGCCGUACCUCACUGAAGUGUUCGCCCCUGUGCAGCUCAACGAGUCAGAGCCAGUGGUUGUUUAUGCCAAAGAAUACCUCCAGAAAGUUUCAGGCCUCAUUAGCCAAACAAAUAAAAGUCUCCUCAACAACUACAUGAUAAUGAAGGUGGUGAGAAAGAUGGUUUCCAUUUUGGACCAAAGGUUCCAGGAUGCCGAGCAGCGCUUCCUCGAGGUCAUGUCCGGAACAAAGAAGAGCUGCACUCCACGCUGGAAGCUGUGCGUCAGCGACACAGACAGCGCCCUGGGCUUUGCUCUGGGAGCCUUGUUUGUCAAAGACUCCUUUGCCGAGGACAGCAAGUCCAUUGCUGAAGACAUGGUUGGAGAAAUCAAACAGGCCUUUGAAGACGCCAAUAAAAACGUGAACUGGAUGGACGCAGAGACGAAGAAAGCAGCCAAAGAAAAGGCUGAUGCGUAUAACAACAUGGUGGGAUAUCCAGAGUUCAUCAUGAACUCCACAAAGCUGGACAAAGUGUACAAUGAUUUCCAGGUGGUGUCAGAACAAUACUCAAACGUCAUGCAGUACUACAACUUCUGCAGAGUGACCGCAGACCAGCUGAGGAAAACUCCGAACAGAAACAGGUGGAGCAUGACUCCUCCGACGGUGAACGCGUACUACAACCCAACCAAUGAGAUGGUUCUGCCGGCUGGAAUCCUUCAGGCUCCGUUCUACAGUCGCUCCUGGCCUAAAGCUCUGAACUUUGGUGGCAUUGGAGUAGUGAUGGGACACGAGCUGACUCACGCUUUCGAUGACCAAGGGAGGGAAUAUGACAAGGAUGGAAACCUGCGUCCCUGGUGGAAGAACUCCUCGGUGGAGGCGUUCAAGAAGCAGACGCAGUGCAUGGUGGAGCAGUACGGAAACUACAGCAUCAACCAGGAGCCUCUUAACGGACGACAAACCCUGGGAGAAAACAUCGCUGACAACGGAGGAGUCAAAGCCGCCUACAAGGCUUAUGUGAACUGGAUCAAAAAGAAUGGCGAGGAGGCCACGCUGCCUGCACUGGGAAUGACAAACCGUCAGCUUUUUGUAGGAUUUGCACAGGUUUGGUGUUUGGUCAGGACACCAGAAAGCUCACACGAAGGCAUAAUCACAGAUCCUCACAGUCCAUCAAGAUACAGAGUCAUCGGCACAGUUUCCAACUCAGAAGUCUCAGAGCACUUUGGCUGCAGUGCAGACGCUCCAAUGAACCAACAUAAGUGUGAUCUUUGGUGAUGUUCUUCAGUGAUAUUCUUCAGCAAAGAGUGAGGCGGACUUUUGAGGAAAAACAGUCUGCCAAACGAGGAACACAAGAACCACUGAAACUCUUGCUGCUUGCCACUUUAUGCUAACAAGCUCCUCUCUACCAGGAUCAAAAGGUCCGGUUCUGUAUGGAGGAUCGCAAUCUUUAGGGCAUCUCCAUUUGACGAAUCCUGAACUUAAAUGUAGAUACAACAAUGUGCUUUUUUAACACUGGAAACCCAACAAAUGGUUACAAAAAUGGAGGAAUCACUCUUCAAGUGUGUACUACCUGUUUGUCACAUAAAGUGACGAACAGGAAAUGUUCUUUUAACUCUUUGUCCUGGCUUUUAUCUGCUCCAGUUUUACUUUAAUUGUAUUUUAUUUAUGGUCACAUUUUUUAUAACUAGCACAGCUGGGACCUGAAAGACUUUUUAAACCGAAGGAAGAUUCUAACCUAGUUCGUCUGGACCAUUUUGAAGCAGAUAAUUCAGAACUGGUGUGAAUACAAUAGCCCGUCAACGUUUUCUGUACAAUCAGAUUCGGACCUUGAUUUACAGAUAUUAAAUGUGUAACUUUUGCACCUGGUGUCAUAAAAAUGGAGAAACAAGGAAAACAAAAUGAAGGGAUUAAGAACAUCCACUGCAAUAAAUUUAAGCUCUAACUACUUCGCUUUCAUUCAGAACUCAGUCUUAUAAGCAAGCUAUGUUGUGCCAUACUUAUUUUUAUGAGUAAGAGUUUGUCACAAAUUAUUUUGUAUAGUAAAACCAAUCUUAAAACA